AAGGUGGAAAUGACGUCGGUGUUUACGGCACUCGGUCGUGUCCCGUCGCUAGCCUGAACUGAACGGGAGCUAAGAGCGCUGCUGCGGAGUCUCCGUCUCACAGGUUUAGCCCCGCUGUGCCGUCUUUCAAUGGGGGGCCACGGGAACGAGCCCGAGACCAUCGACUACUCGGUGCACGAGGCCUGGAACGAGGCGACCAACGUCUACCUGCUGGUCAUCCUGGUCAGCUUCGGCCUGCUGAUGUACGCCAGAAAAAACAAGAGGAAGAUCAUGCGCAUCUUCACUCUGCCCCCCACCGUUGGCAGCAGCCCGGAGCCAAACUUCUACGACAGCCUGCAGAAGGUCCGCCUGCGGCAGCAGCUGGAGAUGUACUCUCUGGCCAGGAAAUUUGACCAGCAGCAGGGACAGACGGACAGUGUGCAGCUCUCCAUGGAAUGAGGGCAGCGAGGAACUCGUCCAUCUCCGGGCAUCUUCAAGCCCUCUGUGGAAGUGGAAGGAUUUCAACGGCGGCCCCGAUCGGAGGCGGAGCCAAUGGCGCUACGCCGAGGCUCGUCUUUUUUUCCCCUCUGUCUCUAGUGGAGUAAACGCAGCUGGAUGGUGAAGCUGCACAGCGAGAUUCUGGCAUUGAGCAGAGACUCUAACAUGGAUUGAGAAGUGAAGAACCUGCACUGCAGCAGACGUCACGGACACUCAGAUUUAAAUUAAAGAAAGAAGGGUCCAUUAUUAUGAUUUCUUUUGCACAUAUAACAAGAUCCUUUAGAUUUAAAGUAGGUUCUAGUUGGUUUCCAUUUGUAUGUUUACUAUGUUAAUGUUUGUCAUUUGUGUAGUGAAAUUAAGAUUCUCAAAUGUGGAAAUAAAGAUACCUUAACCAUCAGACCUGAGACAAAGUCA